UUCUGCAUUGCUAGUCUGUAAACAUUACUCUAGAUGGUAAAAACUGCUUUGCCAUUAUCAUUUUUAUCUUCGUUCUUCUUUGUUUCUGUACGUUAUUUUCGUGGAGUAAAUACAAUACUAUAACAUUAGAGAGAGUAAUGAACGGAGAAGGCAUGCUUGCAGGGGCUUCAGUGCUGUCACGUCCGGCAGAAGAAUUUGAAAAUGAUCCAACAGUUGAAGCAAUGUGGGCAAUCAAAGCAUAUGAACAUGCAGAAAUAUAUUUUAAUAUAUUGUGCUCCGUAGAUCCAAGGCUUCUUCGAUUAACUCCAAAUGAUGAUGCAAUUUACAAAGCAUUCCGAGACGAAUUUCCUAACAUGGAUGUUAAAGUUCUGAAUGAAGAUGAAAUGAAAAGUGCAGAGGGAAAAGAGAAAUGGAGACCAUUUUGUGAAAAAUUUAAAAAUUGCGUCGAAGAUUAUAGUUUUGGAACAUUGAUACGACUAGACUCGGAUGGAGAGUACACGGAAGCGAAUUCCAUUCUCACUACAAGAAUACAGUUCUUCGCCGUGGAGCUAGCAAGAAACAGAGAAGGCUACAAUGAUGGAAUUAGGACGAAGUACAAGCCUGGUAAAACAGAACAAAAAUCAUAGUAAUAGUCACUAAUAAUUCCAUUUCUUCAUUUUGUACAUUCUAUGAAUAAACGAUUCAACUGUUAA